AUGUUUCAGGACUCUAUCACUGUUAAAGAUGUGGAUGUGAACUUCACUCUGGAGGAGUGGGCUUUGCUGGAUCAUUCUCAAAAGAAUCUGUACAGAGAGGUGAGGAUGGAGAACUUCUGGAACAUGGUCUUUGUAGGAAUAACACAGGACGACCAUAACAUUGGAAAUGAGUACAGGAAUCCUAGGAGAAAUCUAAGGCAUGUCAUAUCGGACUCUGGAAACAAACCAUAUAGGGAUCAGAAAAACAGAGGGAAACCCUAUGAAUGUGAACAGUGUGAUAGCAUCUUCAGGUCUCACAAAUCCUUGAGACAUCACAAAAGGACUCACACUGGGGAGAAGCCGUAUGGAUGUGUGCAGAGUGGGAGAGCCUUCAGUAGUAACAGUUCCUUGCGAAGGCAUGAAAGAACUCACACUGGAGAAAGGCCCUAUGAAUGUGAUGAAUGUGGGAAAACAUUCACCUGGUUAAGAAGCCUUCAGAGACAUAGGAGAGUACACAGUGGAAAUAGACCGUAUCAAUGUAAGGUGUGUGGCAAAGCCUUUUGUUACAGCAAUUCAUUUCACAUCCAUGAGAGGACUCACACUGGGGAGAAGCCCUAUGGGUGCAGCAAAUGUGGGAAAGCCUUCAGUUCUUCCAGUUCCUUGCAGGUACAUGAGAGGACUCACUCUGGAGAGAAGCCCUAUGAAUGUAAGCAGUGUGGGAAAGCCUUCAGUUCUUCCAGUUCUAUUCGAGUACAUGAGCGGACUCACUCUGGAGAGAAGCCCUAUGAAUGUAAGCAGUGUGGGAAAGCCUUCAGUUCUUCCAGUUCUAUUAAAGUACAUGAGAGGACUCACUCUGGAGAGAAGCCCUAUGAAUGUAAGCAGUGUGGGAGAGCCUUCAGUUCUUCCAGUUCUAUUCGAGUACAUGAGAGGACUCACUCUGGAGAGAAGCCCUAUGAAUGUAAGCAGUGUGGGAGAGCCUUCAGUUCUUCCAGUUCCCUUCGAGCUCACAAAAAGACGCACACUGGAGAAAAGCCCUAUGAGUGUGGAAGAUGUGGGAAACCUUUAAGUACUCAGCAGUCCUUACAGAUGCAUGAAAGGACUCACACCGGAGAGAAACCCUGUGAAUGUGGCAAGUGUGGGAAGGCCUUCAGUUGUUCCAGUUCCCUUCGAAGACAUGAAAGGACUCAUGCAAAGAAACGCUGUGAAUGUGAGAAAUGCAGGAAGGCAUUCAGUCAGUCCAGUUACUCUCAGUUACAUGAAAAAAAUCACACUGCAGAGAAACCCUAUGAAUGUAAGAGACAUGGGACAGCAUUCUCAUUUCCCAGUUCCUUCCGCCUACAUGAGAGAGUUCACGCUGGAGUGAAACCCUAUGAAUGUAAACUAUGUGGGAAAUCCUUCAACAGUUCCUAUUACAUUAAAUUUCAUGAAAGAACUCACACUGGAGAGAAACCCUAUGUUUGUCGACACUGUGGGAAAGCCUUCACCUCCUCCACAUGCCUUCUUUUACAUAAAAGGACUCACACUGGUGGGAAACCCUACUUAUGUGAACAGCGUGGGAAAGCCUUCAGUUAUUAUAGUUCCCUUCUAACAUAUAAAAGACUCCACACUGGGGAGAAGCCCUGUGGAUGUAAGGACUGUGGGAAGGCCUUCAGGUCUUCGUGUUCCUAUCGAGAACAUGAAAUACUUCACACUGGAGAGAAACCCUAUGAAUGUAGUAAAUGUGGAAACGCCUUCAGUUCUUCCAGUUACUUUCAAAGAUGUGAGAGAACUCACACUGGAAAGAAAUCUUAA